CUACAUGCAAAUCUACCCAACUGGGACAGUGGAGACACUUGCAAGAUUCGAGAAGGACGUAAAGCUAACCAACACCGGGUUCCUGGCGAUAGCAACAGAGGUGGAAAACAACGGAGAGAAAACCUCGGAACCUCCAGAAAAAAUCAAGGAAUUACUGAAGGAGUUCCAAGACAUUCUUCCCGACGACCUUCCGAACGAGCUGCCGCCAUACCGAACGCACCAACACGAGAUCGUGGAAGAACCAGGUUCGAAGCUGACCUUCCGAGCACCAUAUCGGCUCAGCCCCACGGAGCUAGCCGACAUAAAGAAACAGAUCGAGUAUCUCCUCACAAAAGGACUGAUCCGAUCGUCCACUUCGCCAUACGGUGCCACAGUGCUCUUCACACAAAAACCAGACGGGAGUUUACGCAUGUGCAUCGAUUACCAAGCUCUGAACAAGCAGACCAUCAAGAACAAAUACCCAAUACCACAAAUCGAUGACCUGCUUGACCAGCUUCGAGGAGCCACAGUAUUUUCCAAACUGGAUCUGCGGACCGGAUACUGGCAGAUACGAAUGGCGGACAAUUCCAUCCACAAAACUACCUUCCGAACCCGGUACGGGUCGUACGAGUAUCUGGUAAUGCCGUUCGGAAUCACCAACGCACUGGUGAGGUUCCAAGCUGAAAUGAACCACAUUCUAAGCCCACUCUUGGACGAAUGUAUGGUGGUGUGCCUGGACAACAUCCUGGACGACAUGCAGCAGCACGUCCAACACCUACGAUGCGUCUUCGACGAGAACGAUUCUACGAUGGCAAACUUCGACAACGUCGAGUAUCUGGUAAUGCCGUUCAGACUCACCAACGCACCGGCAACGUUCCAAGCCGAAAUGAACCAUAUUCCACGCCCACGCUUGGACGAAUGCGUGGUGGUGUACCUGGACGACAUCCUCAUCUACUUGCUCGACAUGCAGCAGCACGUCCAACACCUGCGACGUGUCUUCGAAAUUCUUCGACGAGAACGAUUCUACGUCAAAUUAUCCACUAGCGAAUUCGCCCUCGAGAAAGUCCAAUUCCUAGGACACAUCCAACAUAUGGAUAACAUCCUUCUCUUCUUUGUGACAACUGCUUUGAUGGAAAGUGCAUAGCAGCUUCUCGGAAUGCAGUUC